AGAUAUUCUCAUCUCUUUUGAUUAUGAUGAAAAAUAGGCCUUUUAGGUUACUCUAUGUUGGUGGGAACAUGAGUGCCAACUGCAAAGCUCUGAGGACAAGAUAUAGGAGAAGAGAACCAUCUACGGGACAAGAAAUGACAUCACAACAUAACACAUCAAUUUCAAAUCAAUCUCAAGGUUUUACACCGCAAUCCAACAGACCAGAAAAAUUUUCUUCUCCAACUAGUACACCUCAAUCCACUACCACACAUCCUAACAAAUUUCAGUCAACUUCUGCACCUGCAUGGCAAGGUGUGCUUCCAUCUGAAAUGUCUACAAAUACCCUGGCCUCAAUGACACCACCUGCAAGGAGAAGCAUUUGUCAGUCCACAGAUGAGAAUAUCAUGGACUCUUUAUCAGUUCCUGUGACAAAAGACACUCAGCAUGAAAGACUAGCCAAUUGUGUCACUCCACUCUAUCAAUUACGUUACUCUCUGCAACUGCAACAUAAGCAGGAGAGAGCAGUGUCUAUACUCAAAAUGUUGAAACAGCGGCUGUCUUCUGCUGGUGUCGAGUCUCUUCCCGCAGCACAAGAACUUUCUGCUUGUCCUUUGCAGGACAUCAUACCCUCUCCAGAAAUCCAUCAGUACCGCAACAAAGAUGAGUUUGUUGUGAAGAAAGGAGUGGAUGGAGACCCCAAGACCGUUGGCUUCCUCACUGGUCAUCCAGCAGAUUCACUCACUGUUUGUGUGCCUCCAACAUAUCUCCUCAAUAUCAAGGAUAAACACAAAAAUGUGUGCCAAGCCUUUGAAGAUUUCAAUCAUUUACCAUAUCGCCAUACGCGAUGCUCUAGAGAACAAGCUCCGUACGAACUGUUGCUGGGGCAGCCAUUCUUGUCCGAGACGUGUUGUGGCUUCAAUUUCCAGCUCUCACCCGACACAUUUUUCCAGAUAAAUCAUGGCGCUGGAGAGCUUCUUUAUAAGGCUAUUCGGGAAACUGCUGAUUUAUCGCCAUACUCUACGCUGCUUGACGUCUGUUGUGGCACUGAUAACGCCCACCGCAACAACAUCACCAACGCCUCCUUCGUGCCUGGACCUGUUGAAAAGGUGCUGCCGCUGCUGACCCCAGAGCUGCGCGACUGCUCCGACGUCGUGGCGGUUGUGAAUCCCGGCAGAGGCGGCUUAAGUGCAGGCGUGAUCUCGUGCCUGCGUGAGAAUCCGACCAUCAACAAGCUACUCUACAUCAGCUGUCACGCUGAGGGGCGCGCCUUUGAAAAUUUCGUGCGUUUGGGGGCAAAGUCUGGAAAACUGCCGCCAAUGUUGCCACGAUUUGCCUUCACUGUUGACAUGUUUCCUUUAUUCGACCAAGACGGAUCGAACCUGCGCCUCAAAAAUAGAGAAGCAUACACCCAAUACCAGAUGGAUCAGGCUGCGAGCCUAAAACCAACGAAGAAGACUGACCCUGCAAAACCGAAUAUUGCACCUUCGGCGCGAAAUAGGAGAGGCUAA